AUGAUGCAGGAUGGUGGAUUAUUAAGGCACAAUCAUAAUCGUUAUAGCGAUUCCACAGUGAUAAGACUAACAAAAGCGAUGAAAUCACAUAAUGGCAAAGUUUAUAUAGGAUUACGAUUUUUCGAUUUACCCACUGGAAUGCAAGACUAUAUUGUUAUGGAUGUAACGAUGAUAAUUGAAAAUGGUAUGAAAAAAAAGUUGGAAAUGAUAACGGAAAACUAUCGGCUUCAUAUACAUGUUACCAAAGAAAUGGAAACUAAUCACGGUUUGUUGACAAAUCACAUCGACAAUGACACAAUAAACUCAACAAAUUGUGAAUGCGUUCGAAAGAAUUGUGCAUGCUGUAUGACUUUAAACAUCGUUAAAAUUGGUCUUAAUGAUUUUGCGUGUGUAAAUAUUACGUACAUAGCAGAAGAUAUUGGUAUCCGCUUAUCAUUUUCUAUAAAUGGUUAUGUUUAUAUUUCGAGAGAAAUUUCAUUGCAUAAUCCACCACCGUAUUGUUUGUCAUUGCCAUUUUUGAAGGAAUAUGCUGGCAUUUGUUUACGUUUAUAUAAUAUAAAAUUUCGACAAACAAAUGUUGACGGCUGUGUGCAAUUAGACGCUGAAUUGUAUCACGUUUACGUGGCUACCGUUCAUCUAGGAUGUUUCAGUAUACCGAUUUAA